GACCUCCAAGAUAGUACAUGAAGGGAAAUAAGUGAUGACACGAACGCAGCAUGCAUGCAUGCAUCAUCAGGGUGCUUGACAAUGUAUACCAUUGCAGACCAUCUGACACUGCGUAGAACAAUGUCAAGCCAUGCCCGCCCGUCUGUCCAUCACCUUGCCACUUCUUGUACUCAGCAGAGGGACGCUGGCGGUCCUCUUCGAGAAGCAGGGAACGUCUGCCACUGUCUACUACGACUUAACAAAUUCCUUUUGCACUUCUGAGGACUCGAUAACGGGCGGUGGUCAAUGGGCCUUGGGGCCUAACAAUCAGCCUACCAAGUGCGCGCCGAACGCUGGGUACCGAUCCCCUGCUCAAAUCGGCAGCAAUUCGAUCGUCGCCUUCAACCAAGAUUUAGUCUGGGCAAACCGAGCCAAAUGGUGUGGAAAGCAAGUUCAGAUCUUCGACGCUUCUGGUAAAGAGAUUCACGGACCGGACGGUCCGUUCUACAUCUGGGAUUCAUGUGAAAAUUGCGCCAAGGAUGACCACAUCGACUUGUCUGCCGAGGCUUGGUCAGCUCUUGGUGGAGAAUGUACCGUCAAUAACCCGUCUGGCAUCAGCUAUAAAGUCUUGGAUACAAAUAUCAAGCAGUGGAGGCCCGACAGCCCCGCGGGCGACAACCCAGAUCCAGUCUCGAGCGUAGGCCUUAGCUCUGCUUCCAUUCAGAUCGUAGCCUCCGCUCCUGUUUCCAGUUCAGCCGUUCAGGCUGCUGUCGGAAGUUCCUGCACAUAUGGCAGGUACCAGUGCGUUGGGGCAACUUUGCAACAAUGUAAUAACGUCGGACAGCCCGCCAGACUUGAUUGGCAGACCAUCGUCCCGGCUUGCGCCAAUUACUGUGAUGUGACGAGAACCCCAGUAUGCGGGUGAGGGAGAAGGCAAGCAAUGUAAUCGAGGUAGCAAGUGAUAUACCCGCUUUUGAACGAAGAGGCCUGAUACA